AUGCUCAUGUCACCGCCCCCGCCGCUAGCGCCGCCCGCGCCACCCGCGUUCCCUCUCGCCCCACUUCCCUUCCUCCUGGACCUCACGUGUCCCAUCCAACUCCCCACCAACGCCAAGGCGGCUACUACCCCAUGGCCAUUCGCCGUCGCCGGGCCAAGUGCGGCCCCCGACGAGACGCUACAAUCCUACGUCACGCGCCGCUACUAUGAGGCAGUGUACCUAGGCGAGAUGCUCGCGCCGCUCGCGGGACUGGUGGCCGACUUGCAGCGCGCAGCUGUGAACGAUGGAUUUGCCAGCGUCGCUCAAGGCCUGAUCGUUCCCCUCAUGGCGACCGAGGAACGGCAUCGACGCACGCUCGCACCAGUCGUGUCGGCCUUGCUCUCAAGUGGCAACACACUAGCGGGGAAGGCGCGGAUCGACACUGCUGUCAUCGCUGCCGCUCUGGAGAACAUGGAACGGGGCGUCCUCGAGGCGGGCGUCGGGCUACGCGCGAACUCGCGGGUCGUUGUUGAUGGCGCCCGUGGACUAGCCCAGCGCACACUGAGUCAGGAGUUCGAGAUGCGCGAAGUUAUGCUCCAGCUCAUCCUCCUCCUCAUGUACCGCGCGGCGCGACCCGAGUCCAUGGAGCCCAAGCAGAAACGGAAGAAGGAAUCACUGUCUCCGACCGAGGACACGGACGCUGCCCUCGUGCACCUCACGGACCGCAUCAGCGUGUGGUUGGCGAUGAGCGAGCUAGACAUCGAAGGGGGAAAGGGCAAGGCUCGCGCCGACAGUGGGCCAGCCAGUGCAGUCAUGGCGUUUUGGGCCGUACUGACGACCUUCCUCCCGCGCGAGGCCGCAUUCCUCACUGCUUUCCACAUCAAGGUCUUUGGAAAGGAGAUUCCCCCAGAACUCGUGCCACAGAAGAAGCGGCGCAAGCCAGAAGUUACGCACCGCCUACCACGGCGCUCGUCACUUUCCUCCACCGCAUCCGGACCCACAUCCAUGGCAAUGGGCCGGAGCAGCUCGCGCACAUCUGCUGCUUCACCGCAGCGCUCACUGCUCGACCUUGACCUUGAACCUGAGCCGAAACGUGCGCGGCAGUUCCAAGCGCGCCCGCUUCCCAAGCUCAAGCGCGCCAACUCGAUGGCCACGCGACGGGAAGCCAAGGCUCCAGAGCCGGUGCGGGAUACGAAUGGCGGGCUCAUGGGCCGCAGCUUAGCGAGAUCACAGUCGUCUAUGCCUGCGCUGUCACGCGCCCUCUCGCGAACCACGUCGCAGUCACAAUCCCAGUCGCAGGCUCGGAGUCUGGCCAAAGCCCAGUCCGAGACUUUCGUUUCAGCCACGCCGGUCAAGGCCAACCCGUUCCGCCGCGCGGUACACCACCCAACCCCGAUCCGCGAGGAGCCGUCGUCGGCCGAACGCAGCGUGCGCUCCUAUGUUGCUGAGACGCCCAUUGCCAACCGAAUCGACCGCUCGCCCUACGUCGGAGAGACGCCGCGCGCACCUGCGCUCGUGGCGGAGACUCCUGUGGCGCGGCGGCACGGCCCCGCCUUGGUCGCUGAAACGCCGUACGCGCCUCGCAUCUCGACCAUUGCCGAGACGCCAGGUGGCGACAGCGAGGACGACCUCGCGGGGCUCAUGGUGCCGACCGACGACGAGGAGAGCGACUAA